UUGAAAGAACCCCAAACUGAAUGUUCAUUUUACUCUAUGCUACAGGCUGCCAAGAAAAAAGAUCUUUAUUUUAUCCAUUCAAACAUUUUUGACCCAGCCCCCUAAAAAAAAAUCCAAUUCUAGAAUUGUUUGGAACCGGAAUUGAUAUGAGGAACCGAAACUGGGACCGACCGUAAUCACUCAAUUUCAAAUGAUGCCCAACUUUAAGUGUCAUAUUGCAAGUGUCUAGGAUCUCCAUUUAACCUUUGAUUUAUCACUUAAACACUCUGAAUACUCUUGGAGUCUGGAGCAGUGAUGUACUCUGUAAGCGUAAUUAUCUUCUACAUUAGAACCUCUUCCCAUAUGAUUCAGAUUUUCGUGGCCCAAAGUUUUUUUUCCCCUGAGAAACAAAAUAAAUGUGUGAUGAAAAACCUGCUGCAUGUCCACAGAAACACCAACUGUUCUAUUCUUGAAACAGUUGUUGGCCACUUUUGACUUUUCAGCAGUUUUGGGUGAUGUAUGAUUGUAUGUUUUUCCUGCCACUUCCUCCCUCUGUCCAGCUUUCUUACCGUUCAUCUAGCAGCAGUAGCAGCAAAAAAUGGGGUCAGAUCCACCAGUGGAUGGCUGACUCAGAAAAGGCUAAAGCCAGUUGUAGUAGUAGAUCAAGCAGUCAUCAUCGGCAGGGCCUGGGUGAUGAUGUCAUGUCUGUCUACAGCUACAGAUCAGAUGGUGUGACAAAUAGUUCUACUCUCAAGAGCUCACGUUCUACUAGUUCUGUAUACAAUGAUCUACAUGGCCAUAAAAAGUCAUCUAGCUCCUCCAAGAAGGAUCUGCUGACUGGACUAUACCACGAUCAAAGGAACUAUACCAGCUUAACGAAGACCAAACUUCUACCUCCUUCUGCCACAUCUUCAUAUCAGCCUUAUCGGCCCACCACUUCCUCCUCCUCUUCCACCACUGGCAAUGGGCUGUCACGUAGCUACAGCAUGGCCUCUAUUUAUGACACCACCACUCUUUACGGCUCAAGCCAGGGUUCAAAAGCUCCCUCUGAAUAUAGCUGGUACUCCUCUCAAGCCAGUUCCACUCGCAGCAGCCCUGUGUCUUCCUCAGAUGAUGAUACUAUGAGCAGCGUCUCCCAAGAACGCUCCAGCAGAGGCCGCAGGGACAGUGCGUCGUCUGACUUCUCUAACACUAGUGAGUCUGCAGCUGAUUAUUUCAGCCGCUCCAACAGACGGGGCAGUAUUGUGUCUGAUCUGGAUGAUUUGAGCAUUCCAGAUCUGGAAGCUGUAAGUCACCAAAUUCAGUUCCCAACACUGAGUGAUUAAAUGAUUUCUUAUGCAUGGUUUGAAAAUAACCAGAUUUUAAGAUUAUUAUCCUCUGAGUCACGAUAUCGGUAGAAAAUUUUCUGGUAGUUUAGCUUAGCUUCAGCGUCUCUGUGCGUGUGUGUUUGUAUGUGUGCGUGCGUCCGUCCGUUCCUGUGGGUUACUUAAACAUGUUGAAUGCAGUGUUUUCAUGAAUUAUGUUUUUGUUAAAUCUGUGGACAUGCAGCAUUUGUACUGAUUCACCUCGACUAAUUUCCUCAAUUUUCAGGGUGGAAAACUGCUAUGAGCAUGAUUACUAAUAGUUUCUCAAUUCUUAUAUGUCUCCUCAUGUAACAUGAAAAUAU